GUUUAUAUGUAAAUUUUUGGAGCUAUAUGUGCAAAUAUUUUUUUUUAUCUAUCAAGCUAAUAAAUUUAAUUCCUGGCGGGAAAGAAGCCACGAAUUGAAUUCGAGAUGAGAAUUUAAUCAGCCAAUUAAAAGGCUGGAAGUAAUUCAGCAGUUGUGUGUAAAUCUGAACAAUUUUUCAUUAUGUCAGUGUUGGGCAAAAAUCAAAGGUGGUUAGUGUCGGUGUGAUUGUUCAUUGCUACCCUCAGCUUCAGAAUAAUUGGUAUUUAUAACAGAAAGUGACAAGGACUGAUCAUCAACAACACUCGAUAGAAUUUGACACGUCUUUAAUAUUACUUUGGUUUAAUUAGAGUGGAAUUGUAAACAAAAUAAAUAUUAAAUAUCUGACCGAGAUUGGUAAAUUGUGGCACAUGGUAGAUUUUAGCUUGCGCAGUGUACCAGAGAAAAGGUCAGGGCGGGCUAAAGUCGAUUACCACAAUGCGGCAAGCUAGCAUGAAGAAAAAGAAAAAUUUUUUAUCAUCAUGCCAUUUGGGUGGUGAUCAAUAGACAGAUUUCCUAUUAAUUAUCGUGAUUGCUAAGUAAUUUAAAAGGUUUCAUUGAAUGAUAGCUGAUGUAUUGCUCUCUGUUGAAUAUUAUUGACUAGUUGAAAUCCAAGAACAGUAAAUCGUUGCGCAUGACCAUUAUUUUCAUACACGAUUCUACAUACUAUACGAGUGUUGCGUGAUACUGGCUGCUGUCAAUUAUUUGUUCCAGCGCUGAUUAAAAAAUUUACACUAACUCGGAUAAUUAAUACCGAGAAAAUCAUCCUGAGCAAGGUUCUGUAAAAAAAAAAAAAUAAUGGAGCCACGUGAAGAUGUCGAGGAAGAAGUUCAAGAUGAUACUUUUGAUGAGUCUCAGAAUCUAUCAUCCCCAGCUGUUGAACUGUCGAGAGAUAAAAAAGGAUUAAAAAGAAAAACGAGUAUCUUCAAGUACUAUUCAUUUAAAUCAACAGAGGCUUUGCCGGGCUCAGCAAAAAAAUCAGGACCUCUUGUUGGAGUCAUUGAUGUCGGUACACGGACUGUCAGAUUUGUGAUAUUUACGGCCAAACGUGUCAGUGAAGUAGCAUCCCAUUCGAUUGACAUCGAGCAAUUGAGUCCUCAAGAAGGAUGGACUGAACAAGACCCCAAGGAAAUUUUAUUUGCUGUAAAAGCUUGUAUAAAAGAUGUCAUUAAAAAACUUGAAAGCAUUGGUGGAAGUGCUUCUGACAUUGUCACUGUCGGUCUUACCAAUGCUAGAGAAACAACAUUUGUUUGGGAUUCAACAACUGGGGAACCACUUCACAACGCUAUUGUGUGGUCCGAUAUUCGUACUGAUACAAUUGUCGAUCAGAUAAUAGCAAAAUUUCCCGAUAAAAGUAAAAACCAUUUGAAGCCACUGUGCGGUCUACCAGUAAGUCCUUACUUCUCGGCAUUAAAAAUCCGAUGGCUGAAGCAAAAUGUUUCUACAGUAAGAAAAGCGAUACGUGAUAAGAGAUGCAAAGUUGGUACUUUGGACACUUGGAUUAUUUGGAAUUUAACUGGCGGUAAAGAAGGCGGUCUUUAUAUUACUGAUGUGACCAACGCUUCAAGAACAAUGUUAAUGAACAUAGAAACUUUGAACUGGGAUCCUACUUUGUGUAGGUACUUUGACAUCGAUAUGGGUUUGCUGCCAGAAAUAAAGAGUUGUUCUGAAAUUUAUGGAAAAAUUACCGUCGGACCUUUGUCAGGCAUUCCAAUAUCUGGGAUACUGGGUAAUCAACAAGCUGCGUUGGUUGGACAAAAUUGUCUGAAGCAAGGACAAGCAAAAAAUACAUAUAGAAGUGGUUGUUUCCUACUUUGCAAUACCGGAACUACUAGAGUUUAUUCAUCCCAUGGUCUAGUCACGACAGUAGCUUAUAAAUUAGGGCCAAAUAGUCCAACUGUCUAUGCAUUAGAAGGUUCAGUGGCCGUUGCUGGGGCGGCAAUUAAAUGGCUAAGAGACAAUAUGAAACUUAUUAAAGACGUUCAUGAGAGCGAGCAAAUAGCUGAAAAAGUAUUCAGCACUGGAGAUGUUUACUUUGUACCGGCUUUCAAUGGCCUUUAUGCUCCAUAUUGGAGAAAGGAUGCCAGAGGGAUAAUCUGCGGUCUGACGGCAUUUACCACAAAGCAACACAUAAUACGGGCAUCACUUGAGGCAGUAUGUUUCCAAUCCCGAGAUAUUAUCGAAGCUAUGUUCAAAGAUUGUGGAUUUCCUUUGACAAAGCUCUACACUGACGGUAAAAUGUCGACUAAUAAUUUAUUAAUGCAACUUCAAGCUGACCUUAGCGGUAUACCAGUAUUCAGAUCAACCAUGCCAGACAUUACGGCUCUGGGAGCUGCAAUUGCAGCUGGACAAGCUCAAGGCGUUGAAGUUUGGCCUCUCGACGGAGAUGAGACUGAAACAGUUCCUAUUGACACGUUUUUACCUACAACAACUCCAGAAGAGAGAGACGGAAGGUAUAAAAAAUGGAAGAUGGCUGUUCAAAGAAGUAUGGGCUGGGCUGCGACGAAAAUAACUGCCCAAAUGACAGAUGAAAGAUACCGAGUAUUGGCCUCUAUUCCAGUCAGUUGGUUUGUUAUGACUAGCUUUGUCUUACUACGAUUGAGCUAUCACUUCAAAGAACGGUGACGACAUACAUCGAAUAUUAUAAACUCGAUUUAUCUAAUUUAAAGCUAGCCAACUAAAUAAAUUUUAUUGUUAUUCAGUAUACUAUUAGAUAGUUGAUAAAUUAGAUUAUAUUAAUAUUAAUAAUAAUAAUAAUGAUAAUAAUAGUAGUAGUUAAAGGCUAUCGUAAAUGAAAAAGUUGUUAUCAUUGUUGGAAUAAUCAAUGUAGUUAUUUAUCAUUCAUUUUAUAAUUUUAUUGACUGAAAGUACGCACAGCUACAAUUAAAUGCCAUUAUAGUGU